GUUCCCAAAGGCUGCAGUCUUGCCCUGCUACGCUCCAAUGGACUCGUCACCGCUUUCCGCUCCUCCGCCGUCGACAUCGCCCCGACGGAGGACGAGGAGGAGACCAGUCGUCGUCGAAGAGAUCGUCGAAGCGCGCCCGGAUGAGGCCCCGCCUAGGAAAGCGAGGAGUAGAGCCGUUGCGGCGGCCUCGAGGAAUACUCGGAGGACUCGUCGAAAACCGGAGGAGGCGCAGGAGGAGAUCGGUCCUCCCGACGAUGAUCUUGAUAGGAUAAGGAAGAGGAAGCGGGUCAAUCAUAGGGGCGCUUCCGCCGAGAAGCAGACAUCGGCGUCUCUCGUGCUCUCGUCCAACCCUCCGCCGCCUUCAGAAAUCUCCUCGAACGAUCGACGUGCUUCAUUGGAGCAGAUCAUCGAUUUGAUUAUGUGGAAAAAUGUAGCAAAAUCAACCUUGUUGUUUGGGUUUGGUUCGACGUUCUUCUUAUCCUCUUGUUUUUCAAGGGAAUCGAACUUCAGCAUCAUUUCGGCCAUGUCUCACAUGGGUCUGUUGGUUUUGGGCACAGCCUUCGUCAAGAAUACGGUCACUCGAAGGAAGCAACACAACUCGAGAUGGAAAUUGCAAUUGACAGAAGACGACAUCCUUCAUGCCGCACGGAUUGUUUUGCCUGUUGUCAAUGAAGCUCUAACGAAUAUCCAGGAUGUAUUCUCUGGCGAUGCAUCCAUAACUCUUAAGGUGGCACCAAUUCUCUUGUUUGGGGCCAACUACGGCCACCUAAUAACCUUGUGGAGGCUCCUGGUAACUGGCUUUUUUGUGAGCUUCACUGUACCCAAACUCUACCUUUCCUACUCACAGCAGAUACAUAGAACGGCUGAGAAUGCAAUGCACUGGGUUCAAGAAUCAUGGAUAUCUUGCCGUUUCAAGAGAUUAGUUGCUGCAUCAGCAGCCACAAUUUUCUGGAACGUGUUUAGCUUAAGGACACGCAUCUUUACAGCAUUUAUCUUUUUAGUGAUGCUUUGCUAUCGCCAUGAACGACGUGUAGGGGAAGACAAAAGUGGUAAAGAGAGCAAGGAAGAAGAGAAGCAGAAAGGAACAGUGGUAUCUGAAAAAAGCCGUAUAUGAUGCAGCUCGAUUAAGUAGAUCCUGCAAGACAAAGUAUAGAUUAAGAGGCUGGCCAUAAAUCAUACUUUGAUUCUCCUAGCAACAGAUUUGGUCGUCAAUAUAUGAGGACUGGUUUCGAGCUAGGUGUGUGAAUACACUCGAGCCUGGUGUUGAAGGUGUUGCGGCUUUUGUACCUCUGUUGAUUGAAACACCAGGACAAAACACAAGUUUUCAUACCAGUGAAGUGCUUGAUGCUAGAUUUGCAAUCAAUGCUUCAAAUAUUGAGGAACUAUUCUAUGAUAUGGUUUGUUUUGUUUCAAAUUUGAACUCUCGUGUUGGUGCGAAGGUUCCUUUGGGUCUGCAUCUCAUGCAGCAGAAGCUGCUUCUCAAUUCGUGUGGCGAUUGGGUAAAGGAAUUCAUCGACCAAAAUCAACCAAAAAACUAUUUUUGGUUUCUCUUCCUGUUCUGAUGGUGCAAAGGAGUCGUGUCGUUCAAGUUACCAAUGGUUUGCUACACUC